GACAUAUAUCCAAUUAUAAGCCAAGCCAAAACCAACUUAUCACCUCUCUUUCUCUGCAUUUCUCACUUAGAAGGAAGAUUGUUUGAAGACUAAAGCUAUGGAGGGAAAACAUAAGUUUCUCCAUGGAACACUUGAAGCUACCAUCUUCCAUGCCUCACCUUAUACACCAUCAUUCCCAUUCAAUUGUAUAUGUGCAAAUGGAAAGCCUGCAUAUGUGACCCUCAAGAUAGACAACAAGAAAGUAGCAAAGACAACUCAAGAACGUGAUCGUGUUUGGAAUCAAACCUUUCAAAUCCUCUGUGCUCAUCCACCUGAUUCAACCAUCACCAUUACAUUGAAAACAUCUUGUUCUGUCUUGGGGAAGUUCCACAUUGAGGCUCAUCAGAUAUUAAAUGAAGCAAGUUUGAUAAAUGGGUUCUUCCCUCUUGCACCAGAAAAUGGGAAGCCUCGCCCGGAACUCAAGCUGCGGUUCUUGUUAUGGUUCAAACCUGCAGAACUGGAACCAACAUGGGGAAAAAUACUCAGUGCUGGUGAUUUCCAAGGGCAGAGGAAUGCUACAUUUCCACAAAGAUCGAAUAGUCAUGUUACAUUCUAUCAAGAUGCUCACCAUUGCUUAACUUUCCAGCCUCCAUUUUCCCAUUGUGGUAAACCAAGAAGGCUAUGGGAGGAUGUAUAUAAAGCCAUUGAAGGAGCAAAGCAUUUGAUAUACAUUGCAGGCUGGUCUUUCAAUCCCAAGAUGGUGCUGGUCAGGGAUCCUCAAACAGAAAUUCCACAUGCAAGAGGUGUAAAGCUAGGUGAAUUGCUAAAACGAAAAGCAGAGGAAGGCGUAGCUGUGAGGAUUAUGCUAUGGGAUGAUGAAACUUCAUUACCAAUUAUCAAGAACGAAGGGAUAAUGAGAACACAUGAUGAAGAUGCACUUGCCUACUUUUCACACUCCAAAGUAGCAUGCAGGCUGUGUCCUAGAUUACACAACAAGUUCCCCACUCUCUUCUCACACCAUCAAAAGACCAUAACAGUAGACAUCAAAGCUAAGAAUGGUUUGAACGAUCGAGAAAUUAUGAGUUUCAUUGGUGGUGUAGAUCUUUGUGAUGGAAGAUAUGACACAGAACAGCACUCGUUGUUUCACACGCUGAAUACUGAAUCUCAUUGUUUCGAUUUCUAUCAGACUAACAUUUCAGGAGCCAACCUUCAGAAAGGAGGGCCAAGAGAGCCUUGGCAUGAUGCUCAUGCUUGCAUAACUGGUGAAGCAGCUUGGGAUGUACUAACGAAUUUCGAGCAAAGAUGGACUAAACAAUGUGACCCUUCUUUAUUAGUCCCAACUAGCACUUUAACAAAUCUAAUUCAUCAGACUUAUUCAAGCAAUCCAUCUGAAAGGAGUUGGAAAGUUCAAGUGUUUCGAUCAAUCGACCAUGUGUCAGCUUCCCAACUGUUCGGAAACUUUACUGUGGAGCAAAGCAUUCAUGAAGCUUAUGUAGAAGCAAUUAGGCGUGCCGACAAGUUUAUAUACAUUGAAAACCAAUAUUUCAUUGGAGGGUGCCAUUUGUGGGAGAACGAUCAGCACUGUGGAUGUAGAAAUUUGAUCCCUAUUGAGAUAGCACUCAAGGUGGUCAGCAAGAUCAAAGCUAAGGAGAGAUUUGCGGUGUAUAUAGUAAUACCAAUGUGGCCGGAAGGUGUACCUGAGAGUGAAUCUGUACAGGAUAUACUGCACUGGACUAGAGAAACAAUGAAAAUGAUGUACAGACUGAUUGGAGAAGGCAUUAAAGAAAGCGGCCAAGCAGGGCAUCCAAGAGACUACUUGAACUUCUUCUGCCUUGCAAACAGAGAAAUAGAAAGCAAAGGGGAAUAUGUUCCUCCAUAUUCUCCACACCCUGCAAGUCAUUAUUGGUAUGCUCAAAAGCAUAGAAGGUUCAUGGUCUAUGUCCACUCCAAGCUCAUGAUAGUGGAUGAUGCAUACAUUCUUAUAGGAUCUGCAAACAUAAACCAGAGGUCCAUGGACGGGCAUAGGGAUACUGAGAUAGCAAUAGGUUGCUACCGAACCCGAAAAGAUGAUGAAGACCAAAGCGAAAUGGAGGAUGGGGAUAUCCAUGCAUACAGAAUGUCACUAUGGUAUGAACACACUGCGGGACGUGGUGAAGAAGAGCUGUUUGAAGAGCCGGAGAGCUUAGAGUGUGUGCAGAGGAUUCGAAGCAUCGGAGACGAAAUGUGGAAGAUUUAUAGUGGUGAAGAAGUGGCAGACAUGGAAGGUGUUCACCUGCUGACAUAUCCUGUAUGUGUAAAAGAAGAUGGUGAAGUUGAGGAUGCUGUGGAUGGAGUAGGAGGUCAUUUUCCUGAUACAAAGACUCCUGUAAAAGGGAAGAGAUCCAAAGUGCUACCACCAAUUUUUACUACUUAGAAACAUAACCAUGUGUCAAAUUGAUAUUGAUCCAUACCAUUGCCAAGAAUGUAAAUCACAGUUAAUUUCCAGAUAACCCAUUGACAUAAAUGUUGAAGAUUCAUACCUGUAAAUAUAUACUUUUCCCCACAAAGAUUUAAAAAAAAAAAAAAAAAAAUUGUGGUACCUAGCAUUACCAAAAUAAAUGGGGAUUCAAUAUAUAUUAAUUUCGUUUUCCUUUCUUCUCAUGUCAUGCAGUCAAAGGUUUGCAUCAAUAAAUAAAUAUGGUAUUUGUGUCAA